ACGAUUCUCUGGUUAUCUCGCCCCGUUCGGCUCACUAGCCACUCACACUCUUUUUGACUAAACGUUCUUUACUGCUUUAUUAAAGCUUGUUGCGGUUGGAUAACCGCCUCGUCCCCAUGAUGUUCCGUUCCUUGCUUUCUGUCGGCCUCUUAUCAAUCGUAUCCCUCGCAUCUGUUCAAAACCAUGGAAUUGCCCAUGCAAAAUCUCGCCGCCAUCAUGAUCGUGCCGUUGCAUUGCAGGAGAGGACUAAUGUGACUGAGAGGCAGGACGGUCAAACGUUCAAUGGCCGAGCGACGUGGUUCAUUGUCGGCCUCGGCGCUUGUGGCCAAUACAGUCAGUCAAGUGAUUUCAUGGUCGCCCUCAAUACGCCUCAAUAUGGGGAUGGGUAUCCUGGACCGAAUUGCUUCAAGUCAAUUACAAUUUCGUACAAUGGAGAGACUGAGGUCGCUACCAUUCUUGAUGAAUGCCCUACUUGCGACUGGGGUGAUCUCGACAUGUCGCAGGGUCUAUUUGACUCAUUCGCGGACCCCGGUGUCGGAGAGUUCCAGAUGACUUGGUGGUUUAACGACGGCUCGGACAGUGGUGGGGCCGGCGGAGGAACACCGACGUCUUCCACGUGGUCGGACCCAGCCCCCUGGACCACCGAUCAGCCGCAGUCUUCCUCAACCCCUUGGUCCGACCCUGCUCCCUGGACAACCGAUACACCCACGGCAACAUCGACCCCCUGGUCCGAUCCGGCUCCCUGGACUAGCCAGACAUCUACAUCUACGUCUACGUCGUCCUCGACUACGCCGACUUCGACGUCCUCAUCCUCUUCUUCGUCUUCCUCCUCUUCCUCCUCUUCCUCCGCUUCCUCUGUGUCUCUUUCGGGUACUCCGACCACCCUCAACGUGGCGGAUUCUGCACCAACGGACGGUGCCGGGUCAACUGGGGACAAUCUGAGCGGCAUGGGUCAGCUCGUCGUCAAUUUCGGAAACAUCAUUGUCGCUGGUGGCAAGUCAUGAGUAUCCCCUCUGCUAUCCUUUCGUGAUUCCGUGGAUUUCUCACGAAUGAGUACCUCGCGAGCCACAUAUACCCUCCAUGUAUACCAACAUUCCUUCGCGAGACACUCCUUGUAACCUCUCUAUCCUUAUUUUGGCACGCUUGUCUGGGACAGGUUUACCACUUUUCAGCGUGCGGCGCAGCCAUCACGGGUUCUUAUUCAUAGUCAAAUCGAUACACUCGAUAAUGGAUAUAUUUCAU